GAGGAGAGGAGCUGGUGGCUCCAGGGCCCAUUGUAGGGGCCGACGGGCCGACAGAGCCCGAAGGUCAGAGGCUGCAGAAGCAGCAGAGCGCGAGGAAACGAGCGACGGGCCAGCAGAGCCCGAGGGAGCUGUUGAAGGAGGAGCUGGUAGACCGGAGAGGGUCGGAGAAGGUCUACGAACUUCGGAUUGCGCCGAGGAGGAGCUUCUGGUGGUUCAGGAGCAACACCAGCGGUCGAUUUAAGACCGAGCGACCAUCCUUCAACAGAGCCAGCGCCACAGGAUCCAACUAUCGACAGCGAAGUGCUGCAGCCCAAAAAGCCGUUGCACAAGCACGUGCACGGGGCACUUACGCGGCAGCGAUCAGCAGUACAUCGAUUCGCAUCCUCAGUUGUAGCAAAGUCUCAAGCAAAAGCAAGGGCACGGAGAAAAUUCCCAGUGGCACUGAAACCUCGACGACAAAGACCCCAGGAGCAUCUGAACGGUCGCAAGAGACAGAACCAAAGGCGAAAGGACCACCACCUACACCUAAAGCGCAGGAACCAAAGGCCGCAGGACCAACACCUAAGGCUGGGGAGAGGAUCUAUCAUAUCGGCCGGAAUGUGACGUUGUUGAAUCCAAAUACAGAACAAUUGGAAGAGCCCAAUGGGAGUUUGAGCAGGAGGAAGGCUUUAGAGGAGGGCGUAGAGAGGCCGAAGACAAAGCGUGAACCGUCAAGGAAGAAGCGAAAGACCAAAGCCGCACCAGAACCGAAAGCGGCCGAGGCGAAGCCCAGGCCGAAAUCCCAACAGGUUCUGAAGAGACCAGCGGCUGCCGUAUCAUCAGUUGAACCCAAGGCCAAGCCGAAGAAAGAACAUCCAUCAGAUAGUGAGUACACGUACACGGACACGUACGUGUGGGAGUCUGAAGAAGAAGAAGAAGCGGCGGAGCAAGACGCCGUUGAAGAUUACUUCUGUGAAUCCGAAGAGCUUGUGGCCGGAUGCGCGAACUUGGCAGCCGGAGAGGAAGAAGAUGCCGAGUAUGAAGCGGGUGAUGAACCCGAAAAUGAAGAGGUUGUUGGUGAGGAAGUUGAGCUGGAAGAGAUGGCCCAAUCCGUUCGAAUAAGAGCACCUACCGAUCCAACACCCGAAGAGGGAGUUCAGAUGGAAACUGGAGCUCUGAUGAAACAGAAGAAAGUUUUCAAGACACUGAUAAAACCUCUGGUCUUGGACACCUAUGAGUUGAGAGGUGUGACGAUCAAUGAAGAGGACAAACUUGAAGCCAAUGGCCAGCGACCAGAGCAAACCAAGAGCCUGAAGUGCAGAUGCAAGAGCGAUGGAGAUUCAGCGUGCACUAUCCACGUAGAAGAAGCAGCCCGCGGGAGAAGGUCUUUGAAGCUUCCUGGGUUGCUGUCCGCCAAGCAGGAGUACAAGGGAGUUCAGAUGGAAACUGGAGCUCUGAUGAAACAGAAGAAAGUUUUCAAGACACUGAUAAAACCUCUGGUCUUGGACACCUAUGAGUUGAGAGGUGUGACGAUCAAUGAAGAGGACAAACUUGAAGCCAAUGGCCAGCGACCAGAGCAAACCAAGAGCCUGAAGUGCAGAUGCAAGAGCGAUGGAGAUUCAGCGUGCACUAUCCACGUAGAAGAAGCAGCCCGCGGGAGAAG